AUGUUGCUCGUCUUCUUGAUAUUUUUCGUCACAAUCAUUGCAGCUGAUGACAAGGAAAAGGUAACGCCAUAUUGUGUGACAGCAAGCGAUUGCGUGAAAUUGAUUGGCGCUGAAUGUAAUGAAGCUGGAGUGACGUGUGGAUGCGAGAGUCAAUCUUGGUGUUCAUUGAAAAGAUUUGAAACUAAUCCCGGCCGAGCCGAAGACACUCCCACACUUGACACCACUUUGCACGAGCUAAAAAUCCUUGAAUGUGAUCCGACGAAGAAUGGCGGUGAUUGCCCUGAGCAUCUUCCAUCGUGUAUUGUUGAAGCGGAUAAAAAGCACUAUUGUGGUCGUCAUUUGUCUCCAAUGCCUCUAUUCAGUGGUGGUGUC